AUUUGCAAGAAAAAUUACAUUUCCUCGCGUAUUAUGUAAUCCACUUUUAUUAAAACUCAUCACAAAAAUGAUUAUUGUUCUAUCGAUAACCACGAUAUAGCAAAAACAAACAAAAAGUAUCGGACAUUUGAUGAAAUCGUGAGUACGUGAGAAAGAGAUUCUUUCUCUGAGUUUGAUAGAACGAUCUACGAUUAAUCCUGACGAUUAAUGAACAUAGUUGGGCAAAAUUCGUUAGUUUCUUUCUCAUCGUGAAGCUUUGCUCCAUUUAAGUUUAUUGACCAAAAGCAAUAUCUUACCUCAACUUUAAGAGAUUUUCUUUUUAUAAAAAAUAUUAACUUAAAGUUUAUAUUAAAAAGUUAGAUGGUCUUGCUAUUAUGAAAAUCUAUGGGACACUCUGUGGCAGCCACCGGACAAUGAUGUUCGCUGAUAUUCUGUCCAUGUCCAUUGCAACGACGCUAUCGUAAUUAAUUACUAUAAUUUCUGUAUGUCUCUCGUGCGUGAUUUCCAGCUCACAUGGAUGAUCACCGUUUGGGUAGUCGGUGUAUCCGUUUCUGGUCAAAGCUGCCAUCAGAAUGUCGCCUAUUGCGUAUCAUCGAAAUCAACUUCAUCAAAUCCGUUGCAGUGGAUUAUGUUCCAUCGAUUAAAUCUAAUAUAGGUCAGAUUGAUGCUCCCGAUGUCAGUGGCAGAAUCCGCAUUCGCACCGAUUCUAUAGCCACUGUUUUACUUUCUGAUUUGAUCUUUCGUACAAUUUAUAGUGUUUGGUCGUGCCAUUCGGUGUUUUCUCUUCACUCCGGUUUUAAUCUCCAUUUCAGUGUCACGCUUGAUGGAUAAUCCAUGAAUGAUACUAUCGGCUGUUUGCGAGAAUUCUUUACGGGUUGAGAGGUUUGUUGCUGGGAAAUGUAAGUGUCACCGCUUCGAGAUUACCUAAGUCGUUAUAGAUAGAUCACGCUAUAGAGCACGCACAGAUCAAUGAGACCGUAUCCAUGGCGGAUAAUGGACGAUGGUUAAUCGAGAUGAUUACAUGGAUUAAAGGCUUUACGAUUAAGAUACGACGGCGUGACACGUGCCUCGCACGCAGAGAGCCGACAUGGAUUCGAUAAACAUCACGAUCCCUACUAACGCGAGAUUUCGUCGUCGAUAUAUCAUACCUGGAGGUGGGUGUAGGUGGGGAAUAGCAUUCCAACCACAUCUGAUCGUUCGGCUCAUUCGCGGUUUAUCUCCAGUAUCGUUUUAUUCGCCGUGCUUAAAUAAACGUACACGAACACUUCCCGUGUAUAUGCUGAUAAUCAAGAAAGAUCCGAGUCUCAACUUCGCGGAAUUAGAAAACCUUAAUCGAGACAGUUGGUUAGGAUGUAAGUGGACAAUGUCAGUUUCUAUAGUGGCUUAUAUGCCUUUUAUAGCUUCGCAAUUUUAUCCUAAAUUCUAUACCAUGAUUCCCGCUGGAUUAUUGGUCGGAUUAGGUGGAGGGCCACUUUGGUGCGCAAAAUGUACUUAUUUAACUGUAGCAGCAGAAGCCUACUCGACUGUAUCAGAUAUAGCAGCAGACGUCCUUGUCACAAGAUUCUUUGGUCUUUUCUUCAUGUUCUAUCAAAUGGCACAAGUGUGGGGGAACCUUAUAUCUUCGGCAGUUCUUUCGAACGGAAUCGAAUAUAUUGUCACAAAUGUGACUUUGAACAGUAGUAUCGUUGCCGAAACAUGCGGAGCAAAUUUCUGUGGGGUGUCUGCGGAAAACGAAAAUCCGAAUCUGCAACCACCUCCGGUUGAACAAAUAUAUCUCAUUUCUGGGAUUUAUUUAAGCUGCAUGAUAUUAGCUUGUCUAAUAAUUGCGUUUGCCGUCGAUUCUUUAACCAGAUACGACAGAAACAGAGCUCGUUCGGUGAAAGGAUCGUCUGGAUUCAAGCUCUUGGCCGUGACAUUAAAACUAUUAAAAGAGAAGAAUCAACUUUUAAUAUUACCGAUAAUAUUAUUUAUUGGGGCCGAACAGGCCUUUUUAUUUGCCGAUUAUAACGCCUCGUUCGUUUCUUGCGCUUGGGGGAUUAGUAACAUUGGUUACGUGAUGAUAUGUUUUGGCAUUACAAAUGCCAUAGCUGCGCUCGCUACGGGAGCUGUCGUAAAAUUAACUGGAAGAAAACCUGUGAUGAUUUUCGCUUUUUGUUUGCAUUUGAGUCUUUUUAUCUUUAUGUUACACUGGAAACCGACACCUGAUCAGGGUAUUAUCUUCUUUCUGCUAUCAGGUUUAUGGGGUGUGUGCGAUUCGAUCUGGCUAGUUCAAGUCAAUGCAUUAAGUGGUAUAUUAUUUCCUGGUCAAGAAGAAGCAGCUUUCUCUAAUUUUCGCUUGUGGGAGUCCACUGGUUCCGUGAUAACGUACGUGUACAGUCCAUAUCUGUGCAUUUAUACAAAGCUGUAUCUUUUAAUCGGGAUACUGUGUGCUGGAAUGGUUGGUUACGGCAUUAUCGAGUGGUCAGGCAUCCAGGCAAAUAGAACUAUUUUUAAUGACAAGCCUGAUAUCGAAUUGAUGUCUAACAGAGAAAACAGCUGAUAAAAUACAAAAGCAAGUUUUAGUAUAGGUAUCAUCCUUUUCAGUUGAUGGAAUUGUAGGAAAUUAUUGAAAUUUUUGAUACUAAGAAAAUCUUUUGAUAUUAUAAAAAGAUGCCAAAAAUAAAAAAAACUUUUAACAAAAAAUAUUUUUGAUGAAAGAUUUUUGAAACGCGACGAAAUGUUUUUCAAUUAUCAUUUUUGCUAAUCUUAUUAUAAAUAAAAAAAAUUUGCAA